UCAAAUCCCACAAGUCUGUGCGAGCGCAGACGUUGUCGGCAAAUCUGCUGUUUCAAAGAGGAAAAAAAACGGUUCGCCAUUAGCAACGUGUGUUGUGACGGGCCUGAAGACCGGUAGCCGCUCAGACCAAAUAAUAUGGCUUCUGAAGAUAUCUCCGAUCUGGCUGAUUCCCUGGCAAAGACUAGGGUGGGAGGGGGAGAGCUUAGCUUUAAAGGCAAAACUCUGAAGCUUAAUACAGCUGAAGAUGCUGAAGAUGUGAUUCAGGAAAUUAAGGACUAUGAGGGGCUGCAGGCAUUGCGUCUGGAGGGCAACACAGUAGGUGUGGAAGCAGCUAAAGCUAUUGCUAAGGCUUUGGAAAAUAAGUCUGAUCUCAAGCGUUGCCACUGGAGUGACAUGUUCACUGGAAGACUAAGAUCUGAAAUUCCUCCUGCAUUAAUUUCACUGGGUGAAGCUUUGAUGACAGCAGGUGCUCAGCUGACAGAGCUUGAUCUGAGCGACAAUGCUUUUGGCCCAGAUGGUGUACGAGGGUUUGAGGCGCUGCUCAAAAGUCCUGCAUGCUUUACCCUGCAAGAACUUAAGCUCAACAACUGUGGCAUGGGUAUUGGUGGAGGAAAGAUUCUUGCUACUGCCCUUAUAGAAUGCCACAAAAAAUCAAGUUCACUUGGCAAACCAUUGGCUUUAAAAGUGUUUGUUGCUGGAAGAAAUCGUUUAGAAAAUGAUGGGGCUACUGCUCUAGCAGAUGCAUUUCGGCUAAUUGGCACCCUGGAAGAAGUACAUAUGCCUCAAAAUGGCAUUAAUCAUCCUGGAAUCACUGCAUUGGCUGAAGCUUUUAAAUCCAACCCAUUAAUGAAAGUUAUCAACCUUAAUGAUAAUACAUUUACAGACAAAGGAGGCAUUGCUAUGGCCGAGGCUUUGAAGACACUAAGACAAGUGGAGCAUAUCAAUUUUGGUGACUGUUUGGUGCGAUCUAAGGGAGCAUUAGCUAUUGCAUCUGCACUGAAAGGAGGAUUACAUAAAUUGAAGGAACUUAACCUCUCCUUCUGUGAGAUUAAGCGUGAUGCAGCACUCACGUUGGCAGAAUCUGUCGAAGACAAAUCUGAGUUGGAAAGAUUGGAUUUAAAUGGAAACAAUUUUGGAGAGGAAGGGUGUGAACAUAUUCAGGAAAUUCUUGAUGGCUUCAACAUGGCCUCUGUUUUGGGAUCACUGAGUGAUGAUGAUGAAGGGGAUGACGAUGAAGAGGAUGAAGCUGAUGAUGAUGAGGAGGAGGAAGAAGAGGAGGAGGAAGAAGAGGAGGAAGAUGACGAUGAGGAUGAUGAAGAUGAUGAGGAAAGAGGGGAUGACGAGGAGGAAGAUGAACAGAAAGUGGGGCGAUCAAAGAAAAUUCCUGAGCCAGAAUCGCCGCCCACUGCAGCCCCUCUUCCACCUGUUGAUGCAUCGAUUUUUCUCAGCUUUCCGUCCCCAGAAAAACUCUUACGGAUGGGUCCUAAGCGUUCAACAAUAGCAGCUCAGACUGAUGUUACAGACACUGAAAAGGUGGUACAGGCCUUCAUCCAGAUAUCAUCUGUGUACCGAGAUGAACAGGCAGUGAAAAAGGCAGUGGAAGAAACUGUUGACUGUUUAAUGAAAAAAUCUUUUGGCAGUUCAGUUUUUCAGCCGGAUAUGUUUGUUACCAGUUUACUUGUGCGCAUGGGUCUUCUUAAGGAACCCGUCCCGCCGAGCUCGCAAGCAGAAGCGAACGCAUAUAGUGAACAUAAGAUUAAACCUGUUCUGCACUUGUAUGGACCCCUGCUGACCCUGAAUCAUGUAGUGCAACAAGACUAUUUUCAGAAAUCGCUUGCUCCUGUCCUGCUGGCUUUUAUUUCAAAACCCAAUGUUGCACUGGAAUCUCAGCCUCUUGCGCGACACACUCUGCUACAAACCCUUCAUACAUUGUAACCUUCCCAGCUAGACCAUUAAAUGCGAAGUCUGACAGACUAUGGAAGAAUAUGAACUCAAUGUUACUAGGAGACUCCAAACCACUGGAGGCUAAGCUCCUUCUGCUCUUAUCCUCAACCCCUAUUCCAGUGUUUUGUUUACAUUUAUUGCCUGAUUCUUACAAAACCCAGUUACCUUGGUUUGGAUCUCAGGAAAGAAAAAGACUAGAACUGGAUAAGCAUCCAAAAGCUCGCCUAAAAUUUGUGCUACUUCACCACUUGUAAGGAACUCCCCUGUCUUACAAGACUUUUUAAUGCUGAAAAUCUGUUGGUAGCUUCUAGUGAAAAUGUGGCUAAUAUAUAUGCAUUAAUGGUGUGCUUAUUAGAAUAUGGUUGAUUUAGAAUAAGCCUCUGUCUGUGCCAUAUAGUGUCCAUUAUCACUAGUGUUUACAGGUUAAUAAGGCAUUAUCUGGGAAUGCUGGGGAGAGAUACUUGCUAAAAUAUAUAAAAAGGUGUUAGUCAUUAAAUCUUUAAUUUUACUGCAGUGAAUUCAUUGCUGAGGUUGUUUUAAAGGCGUACAUAAGAAAAACUUGUGAUGCUUGGUUUGGUACACUUUAGUAAAGAUAGUCUCUGCAGAAUGUGUCCGUUUAAACUCAAGAGAUAUGGAGGGCUAUGUGUAAAACCUUUUAAAAAAAAAAGAUAAUUCACUCCAUGUGCAUAUUAUUGCAUUUUUGCUGUAUUAGAAAUUUGUCUGAAGCCAUGUGGGUUGCCGUUAGGUAAGCCACAUUACAUAGUUACAUAAAUAUGCAAAUGAGAAGUAACUUGUCAUAAUUUAGGUAAAAGUGCUUUGUGUUCUCUGAGUACACACGGGGACUGAAUUGACUCAUUUGGGUGUAAAAAGUGUCUAAAGAGCUGUUUACCAUGGCAACAUGUCACAUUGCACGAUUGCUGUUGGUAAUAGUUUUUCUUUCAGAGAUUUUUGUAAGUGCCUGUAUAUCGUAUUAGCAACAGGUGACUUAAAAUGUGCAACAUCAAUUACCUGUCUCAUUAUUUUGAUGGAUACUGAUUUCUAGAAUUGUUAGGCUUCCCAUAAAGUCUAGUACAUAACAUUUUUGGAAAGCCCUUAGUCUUCAAAACUUUGUGCAGUGCAAUGUGUUGAGCAUCUAUGUUUUCAUACUGCUUUAUUAAAUCUUGUUGGGUGCAGAUGAUAACUUCACAAUUUUUCCAA